AUGGUAUAUUUGAUGAUGAAAGUUUUAAUUCAACAUUCUGUUAGUGAUGUCCUAAUGAUUGAAAAUGUUAAAAUCUUUAAUUAAGGAAUGAAAAAACUUAAAGAUUGCAUCAAAAAUGUUGCCUAAAAUUUCGAUAAUAUGUGGGAAUGUCUUCAUGAUAAUAUCCCUGAUAUGUCUAAAUUAUUAAUUAUUUGUAAUUAGACUAGUGAAUAAAUCAUUAAAACUGAAAAAAUAUACUAGGUACUUAAAAAAUAUAACCAAAACUCAACUGAUUUGAGAAAUGUUAUGGAAUUAUAUGCCGAUUAAAUUGUGUAUGAUGAAUGUUUAUCAAAAAAAAUACAAAAAGAAAUACAACCAACAUCUGAUAUGGAAGUCGGUGAUUCUUUAAAUCAAGAAAUAGAUUAUUUAUUAAAAAAAUAUAAUAUUUAUGAUGAAAAAUCAUGUGUAAUUAGUAUUUCUACGAAUUAAGAAACAAAAAGUUAAAUAAGUUGGUGUUCAAAAAACUGCUAUAAUAUUUUUGGAAUUAACGAAUAAAAUUUGAAAGGAAAAAGUAUUAAUGAAUUUAUGCCUUCUGUUUUUGCUAAUAGACAUGAUUAAAUUUUAUCUAAUUUUUAUUAAAACGGGAAAGAAGUUACUAUUAACAAUAUUAUGCAUACAUGGGCUUUAGAUCAUAAAGGGUAUUGCUUUUCAUGUAAUAUAUUUGUAAAAAUAAUCCCUACAUUAAAAAAUUAUGAAAUUAUAUCGUUAAUACAUAAAAUCAAUGAAAACGAUUAUAUUAUCACUGAUUAUGAUGGAGAAAUUUCUGCUGUAGGUAAGAAAAUUUCUGAUUACCUUUAAUUAAAUGUAAAAUAGUUAAAAGAAAAUCGAUUAAAUAUUUAAUUAUUAGCUCCAAAACUAUCAGACAUAUAUAAAGAUUAUUUUAUUGAUUUUGAUAUAUAAAAUGACAAUAAAGGAUUAGUAUUUGAAAAAGAUAAACCUUAAUUAAAAUAAUUAAAAGUAUUAGGAGCAGACAAUAAAUAAAUAAAUUAAAAAGAAUUAAAAUUUUAUUUUUUUAUACCGAUGAAUAUAGAAAAUCAAAUAAAAUAUCAUUUAGAAGCUAAAAGAAGACUAUUUGUCAAACAUUUUGGAGAUGAGAAUAGUUUAUUUAAAAAGGUUUAAGAAAAAAAUUCUGAUUUUAAAAAUUAAGUUUAUUUUAAAAGUGACUAUGGAGAAUAUUUAUAAAGCGGAAUUAAAAGAUUGAAUAAAAAAAAACUUUAAAAGAUCGUAAAAAUAAAAGCUUCUCUAUAAGUAUUUACUUAUUUUUAAGGGAAUUCCAAUUUUAAAAUAAAGGCGUUAAAAAUUUUUUAAAUGGAGGUUAAAAAUUUCAUAUUUAUUUUAUUUUUAAAAAAAUAAAAUAUAAAUAAGGCAAAAACACCAUAAUAUGCAACCAAAGAAAGAAUAAAAAAAUAAUAAUAAUAUUUAAAAUUAUUCAUGUAAGAUAUAAAAUAAUUUCAUGUGGAUAUAAAAGCGAAGAAAUCUUAAUUAAAAAAAGAAUAAGAAGAUGAAUAAGAGUAAUUAAAAGAAGAUCAAUUAAAUAAUAAAGAUAAAGAAGAUGAAGAAAAAUAAGGUUCAUAAUCUUAAACCAAGCUAAAUGAAUACUACUUUAAAAAAAAGAAUAAAAUUAAAGUCUAUAAUAGUUAAAAGAUCAAAUCAUAAGAAUCUAUAUUGAAAUAAAAUAAUAAACCUAAAAUUCAAUAAAAAGAAACAAAAAAUUAAAAUAUUGUAGAAAUUAGUUCUAAAUUUUUUUCUAGAUUAAGAAAAACGUUAAUAAUUAAUAAAAUUAUUGGAAAAAAACCACAUAGUCUCUUCUAUAAUCCCAGAAGUCAUAUUGAAAUGAAAGAAUCUGGAUUUCUUUUUGAUAAUGAUUCUGAAAAAUAAAAUACUGAAGAACAAGAAUAAUAAGAAAAUUUUUAAACUAAAUAAUCAUAAAAUAUCAAAAGUUUUUUUUUUUUUUUUUUUUUAAAAAAAGUAUAUUUGUUUAAAAAGUCAAAGAGUAUUAAACUUCAGGAAUAGCUAAAAUAAAAUAAGCUUUUAAUAAAGGAAAAUUUACUGAAAAAUAAAAAACUUAAAGAAAUAGUAUUACUUCAUCAUCAGGACAUGGUUUAAAAAUAGUAACAAUAAGAUAUUAUAAAAAUAAAAAAAAUAAAAAAAAGAUUAAAGAUAUUAAUUAAUCAUCAAGUACAAGUGAAGAAGAACAGAUGUUUGAUGAUAUUCAAAAAAUUGAUUAAAAAUCAGAUGAUUCUUUAUUAAUUGAAAGAAAUUUGCUUUAAAAUCUCGAAAAAAAAGAAGUAAAAGAAUAAGAAAAUGCAGUAGGAUAAAGUGUAGGUUCAUCAAAUAGUAUAAAUACAUAAAAUGCAGUAAGAAUGUUAAGAUAAUCCCUAAAAAAUGUAAAUACACCUUUGA